GUGUUCAUCAGCGAGCCCGUGUCCUACGACCGCUACCCCGCGCUCAAGUGGUGCCUGGCCGUGUACAUCAUCUGCUUCGUGCUCUCGGCCGCCGUGGUGGUGCUGUGCGUGGGCGAGUGCACCGGCUGUCUCCCGUUCCCCUUCUCCCGCUUCCUGUCUGCCUACUCCUUCCUGGCUGUGGCCAUGUAUCUCACGGCGACCAUCAUCUGGCCGGUCUUCCAGUUCGACAGUCGUUAUAGUAACAGGGGGUCACGGCCCGCCUACUGCUCCAGCCCCGGCACGUGCGCCUGGGAUAAGGUGGUCGCCGUGGCAGUGCUCACGGCGCUCAACCUGCUGAUCUACCUGGCGGACUUGGCCCACUCGGCACGGUUGGUGUUUGUCAGCGGGUAUUGAGGGGGGAGAGAAGGAUGCCAGAUUGGUUUCAUUUGUUGAUGACGAGGAGAGAGAGAGAAAAUAAGCUUUCAGGAGUCUGUGUUUAGGUUCUGUGGAAGUGAUGUGUUGAAAACAAAUGGAACCUUGAACUCAGCGUCAUGGCAACUGACACUGUUUUCCACUUCCACUGUCUGGUAAUCAUUGAUUCUGAAUCAUCUACUGUAUGCUCUGAAAGAAGGGAGGAUAUUCUUGCCCAAGUGGAAUUAUGAGUCCUGAUCUUACCGGUGAUACAUGUAUUUAACUAGAGCAGGCCAAUUAACAGCUAAGCACCAAAUAUGUCUUUCAAACCAAAGCACUCAUGUACACAUAUGUUUUCUGCUGCUUUGGUCAAACAUACUUUCUGUGAAUCACCCUGGAUCACUCUGCACUGUCUGUACAAUAAAUACAUCAAAGAAA